GUCAUUUCUUGUUUACGGAGAUAUCAGAGGACCUUCUCUCAUUGUAUAUGGACGCCGCUGCCGCUGCUGCGUGGACAUAAUCUCCUACUCCUCUGUCCGUUUGAAUCAACGUCUAAAUCUCCACUUAUCCCAUUACUCUCCUCCUGAUAUGAAGUCUUUGGACCUUUCUCAAUCCCUAUGGCCGCUCGCGUUGCUGCCCGGCCUCUCACAUGCCUACUGGCGCAUGGCCUGCAGCGUUUCUCAGACCGCUCGGGUGGACCUCAUUCUUAACCCAGGCGAGGUGUCUGGACAUGUGCAUAAGUUCGCAGGCGGCAGCAAUGUCAACCAAUACUCGGACUUCAAUUCGCUACAAACCUCGAACUGUUCGACGUGCGAAGUCCAGGAGGACAAAUCGGCGUACUGGACCCCACAACUCUACUUUGCCCACGCAAACGGCUCGUUCGAAGAAGUACCAAACUAUGGAAUGACCGUAUAUUACGUUGGCCGCGGGGGCAAUUCUUCCAACACGGUUCCAUUUCCGGCUGGAUUCAAGAUGAUCACGGGCGACACUCGACAGCGAUCUUACGACAACUCAACCUUGACAUAUUUGAAUACCAGGCCUGUGGCCGACAGGGUAAGUUUCCACUGCAUAGACGAGGCUAACGAUAUUCCAGAACAGCACUACAUGUUCCGUACGGAUUGUGUCAACGGCAUGCGAGCCCAGGUCAACUUUCAGUCAUGCUGGGAUGGAGUGAAUCUUUAUCUCGACAACAACGCGCACGUCGAUUACCUGUCGGGCAUCGACUAUGGCGUCUGCCCUCCUUCUCAUCCGGUUCCUAUUCCUGGCUUGUUCUUCGAGGUUCUUUACAUGACAAACUCGGUUGACCAGUCGGGCGGUGGUCAAUUUGUCUUCUCCAAUGGGGAUCCUACUGGUUACGGAUUCCAUGGCGAUUUCCUGAACGGUUGGGAUAUGGACAUACAAACCGCUGCUGUUCAAGAUUGUCUCUACACGGACGACGGCGGGGUGGUGAGCGCAUGCUCUCACCUCGCUCCAAGUGACGAUAUCAACUUUCCACGCAAUUGCCUUGAACAGCCAUCAGUAUUUGAUGAGCCUGUGCACGGCUUGAUUUCUGCUUUGCCUGGUUGCAACCCCAUCACGCCUGGUCCUGAUCUGGCCGAACAAGUCGUCUGCCCUCUCGACUCUCACACACUUGAUACAUCAAACCAAACGUCAAUCUCAAGCGCCACGUCUACUACAGCGGCCUCCUCCUCUUCUUUUGACGCUGCUGCCUCGAUCACAACAACCGAUUCUAGCAUCUCAGUCACAACCGAUACCUUCACCAUCUCGAGCCCAACUCCAAUCAAUGCCGCGGACUCAAGUGUUUCUUCCUCCUCCACCGAGCUGGCAUCGUCUGACCCGCCUCCGAUACCACCUACGGUUACAUCCUUUGACCAGUUGACUUCAACGAUGGAACCAGGAAGCGGACUAGUGACUACCACCGUUACCGAGUGGAUCACCAUCACAGUGACGGGGCCCAACGACAUUCCAGCGAAUUUCGUCGCUGUAAGCAGCACCUUGGGUGUCGCAACCACACUUAUGGCCACAGACUCAAGCAUCGAGGCAAUGGUUUCUGCAGGCUCGACCAUAUAUACUGAAUCCUGCCCGGAGCAAGAUCCGAGGCCGACUGCAGCGGGUAUGACCACCAUUACCUUGUACGCGACCGUGGCUCCGACGAAUACACCCCCAGUGUUUUCGCAAUUUAUAUCCUCCGCAAAUACCGCUUUGACGACUAUGGACACAUCCGCACCUAUCAAUACGUCCUCGGGAUUUUCACAAUUUGUAUCGUACCCACCAAAUACCACUUUCACGGCAACAGAUACUUCCGUUCCUACCGAUACACCCUCGGCGUUUUCGCAAUUCGUGUCCUAUGCAAAUACCACUUUCACGACAAUAGGAACUUCUGCUCCCACGGAUACAAGCGACAGCAGGAGCAUCGCUAUCUCGACAACCCUGGCCCUGGCCUACGGAUUUCCUUGUUCCCUUUACUCAGGUGUUACGAUUGACGGGUGCCCGACCCCAGCAACUACCUCAUCAACCACGGAUGCCACCACAGCGAACGUUCCGACCGCAGUUGCAACUACGACACAAUCACUCGCCAACGAAACGACUGUGGCGCUUACCACAUCCGCGCCAGCUACGACGCCUUUCAGGAUUCGAGGACGUGAAGUAUUCUUGACAGAGAAAUAGGGGGGAUAUUGGGCACAGAGAAGUAUUGCAUUGACAUUAUGGCACUAAUUAAUGACAGAGAACGGAUUUAUUGACAUGUAGGGACGGACCAUGACGAGCACAGACAGACCAGGAGUACGGGGCUGCGGCAAAAUAUAGAGAUACCCAAGGGGCAGGACCUUUGAUCUUGCACAAUCACAUUCCGGCCGGCGUAUUACUGGGGGCAUACUAGGGAGAGGGACUAUCUGGUGGCUGGAGGGAUUGGGGGAAAUUGGUGUUCUAGGUGGGGGGGACAUAAG